CAACUUUAUUUUCAUUGUCAUCAAUAACAAAAAUCUAACAGGUCAGUUGUAGAAACAACUACCGGAUAAGUGCAAACAAAUCCUGCGACAAAUCCAUAAAAGAGCUUCGGUUGCAAUUAAUGGUGUAUAUAGACGAAACAGCGAGGAUCCUGUGAGGGACUAUGCGGAUUCCGAUAUGGAGUUACCACCCAGUGAGUAACUAGUAGUCCUAAUGCUUUCGUUUUUUUUCUCCUGGGGUUAAAUAUUUUCAUGGUUUGGCAAAGGACGCCCUGAGUUGAUGGUUUAUUGCUCUUGUCUGUGUUGGUGCGUAAAGAGUGUGUGCGCAUCCCUAUCGGCUGUAUCGUCUUAUCACAUUGCGGAGGGGAGGUAAUUAAACGUUUUAGCAGGUUACCAAAAUCAGCAAUGCAAACUAAACUCUCCACAUUCAGCGUCUGGAGAAUGCGGACAAGUGCUCUCUGGGCAUGGUUGGGAUUAAAUGGACGGAUGUCAUUUGCAAUACCUGUUGUGGAGUGUGUAAACAUAUUUUAUCAUUUCGCGCGAUGUGUUUAAACGAUGCCGCACUGCUUUGCAAAUGUUCCACAAUUCAAGUAGAGGACUCUUUACCUUUCUGCUGAUGCUGUUGGAGUGGACCAAACCAGGGAUAUCUAGCCCCCUGCGUCCGAUCUGUGACCUGAGGGUCCUAAAACACUUCAUUGAAGAGGCCAGAGAUGCUGAGGCAGCCAUGCUGGCAUGUAAAGAAGGACGUGGUCUUCCAGAGCCUGUCACUGUUCCCCAAACCAAAGUAGACAUCAAUGUCUGGGAGAGGAAAAAUGCACUGGAGCAAGCUCAGGAGGUUCAGUCUGGCCUGUGGCUGUUAAACCAGGCCAUCGGCUCGCUACGAACCUCCGUCACCAACACAGCGCUGCACAGCCACAUAGACAACAGCCUCAGAAACAUCUUCAGCAUCGGACAGGUGCUGCGCAGCCUCAACAUCCAGGAGUACACCCCUCCAGCAGGGGGAGUGGCUGGAGGUGAGGAGACAUGGCGGGUGUCGUCUGCUUCAGAGCUCCUCCAGGUCCACGUUAACUUCCUGCGAGGCAAGGUGCACCUCUUGCUGUCCAACGCGCCCAUCUGCAACCAGGGUAGCAGCUGAUUGGGGCUCCCCGAGGCAGGGCUGAACUGAUUGGAGCUCCCUCUGGCAGGGGGGCGGGCUCUUACACUAUUGACCCUGCUUGUUGCCAGGUAGAAGUCUAAAAGAGGAGAGUGUGUGGACCAGAUCCUCACAGGAGAGAAUGAAGCGAUGUGGACAGAAUGGUUCCUAUUGGACCUUCAAAAGAACAAGAGCAGGUAGCACCUUGUGAAUAUUGACAUGAGGGAGGAAUGUGGUGAAGUCACCAACGAAUGGGGCCCAUAUAAUGCACUGCUCUACGGCUCUUCAGUACUGUGUGUGUGUGUGUGUGUGUGUGUGUGUGUGUGUGUGUGUGUGUGUGUGUGUGUGCGCUUGCCUGUGUGUUUUAGCAUGAGUGUGUGCCUGUGUGUUUUAGCAUGGACUGUGAGUUCUCAUUGCCAAGCACUGGAUAAUCCACGUGGAUUGCACCCGAUGACACCUUGUUGGAGUUGUUCUGCACUGUACCUGACUGACAGCAUUGACAGCCUGUCAAAGUCCAGGAGGAGGAGGCCUAGCCUAUACCACAAACUCUUCAAGCCUCACCGCCCGCCUCAUUCUUAACACACAACACUUUUCCAACUGCUGUUUGUUAGUGUCCUUAAAUGAAUUUUAUAUUGCUUUUGUAAUUACUUAUAGCUCUACAUUUAAGCUCGACUCACUGUCAUGGCGAAAGUAUUCUGAGGGAUAUAGUGUAACUGGGAACUAGAGACUGCAGUUGGGCUCCAGUGGUUAAUCAUUAUCACUAUAUAACGCCACUGAACCAAGUUGUAAAGAUAUUUGUAUACGUCAAUAUCCAACUGUUCACUAUUGUCUGUUACCCUUCAUAGAAUAAAUGAUCUGUGUGUUUGUA